AUGGCCGAUCCUUCAAAUAUACCGGCUUCAGGUGAUCGGGUUCGUGAUGAUAUGGAUUUAACGCUCCGAUUGAGGUUACCGCAAUACGAUAAUCUCAAAAAUCUAGACAAUGCCAGUGGGAGUUCGAUGAACCCAAAUGACAAAUUGGAUGAACCAAAAAUUCAAGAUGUCAAUAUUCCUCCUCCUGAUCAUGUUGCUGCACCCCCAGUGCAGCUGGGAAUGAAUAACCAUGUGGGAUCAACUCUCAAACGUUGCCAUGAAUGUGGGAAGGAAGAUACUCCAAUUUGGAGAAAAGGACCAAAUGGUCCCAAGGUUGAUUUUUCAGUUGUUGGUACUUGGUAG